GAGUCACCGAGUUUCAUUCUUCUAGUCUGUCUCAUGAUACAAUGCCACGGGUCCACUCAUUUCCAUUACCUACAGAAAGGAGAUGAGGUUACACUGUCCUGUGAAACAGGUCUAUGGGAUGCUGACGUGGACUCAGACAACAUAGUGGACUGCAGCUUAACAAAGGUCGGGAAUAUCUGGACUUAUUUAAAGAGAUCAAAAUGCAAAGCUGAAGAGCCGAAACCGCAACCAUGUAAUGAGAUAAAGAACACAUUCAGAAUGUGUGACAUCAGUGUAAAGAGGGGAUUAUUCGCUUGUCUCCAUCACACUAAUUCUAACUCCUGCUUCAUUUAUCAAUUCAAGCCCUCUGCUCAUCAUAAGGAGUCCUUCAUUGUUGCUCAGGAAGAACCAGACAUGGUGUCUGAUCCUGUAAAGGAGAGCUCAGUGCAUGUGUCUGCAGGAGGAUCAAUUAAUCUGACGUGCAUCUUUACAACAAAUGGAAGUUAUUCCAAUCAGCCUUUUGUGGUGUACUGGAUUAAGACUGCAGCUGAGAGCAGCACAUGUGUGUACUCGAAUCAUUUCACUGCAUUUGAUGAUGCUGGGUUUGAUGCACACUGUGACAUUGACAAAGAUCUUCUGCUGAGGAGAUUUAACACAUCCAAACCUUCUCAAACUACCAACACCCAUAACCUGAUGAUCAGCAAUGCCACUCACUCAGACAGUGGGCAGUAUGUGUGUGCCUUACAAGUGAACAAAAACAACCAGCAGCACUGGAGAGUAAUCACCAACACUACGGUCACUGUGGGGGAUCCAGUCAAACCUGAUGUGUAUACUGAAGCCAAUCUGACAACCACUGGAAUUACCACUGUUGAGCACUCUACACAAAGCGCUAAUCAAACAGUCGCCACUCCUGUAGAUAGCAGUGCUGGAGUCUACGUGGCAGGCAUAGUAGUGCCCAUUAUUCUCAUCGUUGUUGUUAUCAUACUACUGAAGAGGAGAUCAGCUGGUACCAAAGAUCCUCACACUGUGAUAUCUCAAAGUAAUCAGCACGGGGAGGAAGAGGACGGUGAUGAUGACUGUUCCCCUUAUGCGGUGAGCCAGAGAGAGCAGGAACCCAUGUACUCCGUCGUUCAGCUGCCCGAGCAGAAGACUGACCGUUCCCCGUAUGAGGCGAGCCAGAGAGAACAGGAAGUCACAUACUCUGUUGUUCAGCUGCCCAAGCAGAAAACUGACCGUUCCACUAGUGGGGAUGGAGAACCUGCCUCAGAACCACCAGGACACCAGACCACGAUGAAGAAGAACUCCAUUUAUGAAUCCUCAGGUCCAUAGUGUCACACUGUGUGUCAGUGCUGUCAGUGGUCUACGGCAGGUCUUGCAUGAGGCCUGCUGGGACUGUUGUGCUGUAUGUGGCCUGUUAGUAUUACACAACCCCUAGUACUGUGCCCACUGCUCACAUUUAUGGUCAUGUCAUGUUGAAUGUCAGAGUUAUGGCAUUGGUCCAGUGUAUUUGUGUUUAGGCUAAUGGUUUUCCAGCCGAUGUUAUGUGUAAGGUGUAAUUGGGCUUUCCCCAAAUGGUGGAAUAUCCCUUGAAGUGUACAGUAAGGUGUAAGUGGGCUUUUUCUCACCUCUCAUUUCACUGCAUCAGUUAAUGCUUGUGUUAGAUCAUGUGGUCAUCAGUCACCAGCGUCCUCAUAGUUGCAGUGCAGUGGUGUUUCAUUUGUUACUGGGCCAUGACGAGAGAUGUCAUGACAUUUACUUUGUAAGCAUUGUAGGAAAAUGCCUGACGGGUCUGCCAUCAUUAGUGUAAAAGAAAGCACGUACAGUACAUGUGGUUUGGGGUGAGAUGUGUGAAAACAGCUUCUUUUCAGUUGAAAUGAGGAAGGAACUCUUGCUCUCUGAGCUUCCUGUUGAAUUUCCCAUGAACAUUUCUCACGCUAGUCUUUCACAUUCAUUGAGCUUUAAAGGGGAGAUGCUGCACAGUGGGCAGCUUUUGCACUUGAUUGUGCUUCAAUUAUAUUCAUGUUGUACUGUUGCUGUGCAUUUUAGCCUAUACUAUGUAAAGAUAUUUUAAGGAAAAAUAUGAACUAACACCAAUUUUAUGAUUUUGUAUUAAAAUGAUUAUCAA